UCAAUGCGGUGCGUUUCACAUGAAAUCUGCGAGUGUAUUUUCUUUCGUUUCAAUAUGCUUGGUAGUUUGAAGUCAUGAAAGCAAUUUCGAAGCUUAAGAGCAUAAAAUCGUCGCCUACGCUUUCGCUGUCACGUCCUCACUCUCUCGCACCCAUUGGGUCGUGGAAUCUGCCAGCCUCCUCGUCGUCUCUGCUCGAUGACUUCACUAACUUCUGCUAUCGGAGAGACCUCCCGAGAGCCAUGAAGGCCAUGGACGCUAUGCAAAGAAACGGCAUCUGGGCCGACUCUAUCACCUACUCGGAGCUCAUCAAGUGCUGCUUGGCUCGCGGCGCUGUCGAAGAAGGAAAGCUCGUUCAUAACCACGUUUUUGCACAUGGGAACGAGCCCAAAACCUUUUUGAUCAACAUUUUCCUCAGUAUGUACGUCAAAUUUAACCUCUUGGAUGAAGCACAGGCACUGUUCGACCAAAUGCCUGAAAGGAACGUUGUUUCGUGGACGACCAUGAUUUCAGCUUACACUAAUGCUAAGCUCAAUGACAAGGCCCUGGAGUUCUUGAUAAUGAUGCUUAGACAAGGUGUCGUGCCUAAUAUGUUCACUUUCUCUUCGGUUUUGAGAGCCUGUGAUGGGCUAUCGAAUCUCAGACAGCUUCAUUCUAGGAUAAUUAAAGCUGGGUUGGAAUAUGAUGUCUUUGUUCGGAGCGCUCUUAUAGAUAUUUAUUCGAAAUUGGGCGAGUUGCAAGCGGCACUAGGUGUUUUCAAUGAGGUGGUGAGUGGAGAUUCAGUUGUUUGGAAUUCUAUCAUAGGGGGCCUUGCUCAAAACAGUGAUGGUGAUGAAGCUUUGAAUCUAUAUAAGAGCAUGAAAAUUUCUGGUUUUCCACCUGAUCAAUCGACACUAACGAGUGUGUUAAGAGCCUGCACUGGGUUAGCGCUUCUAGAAUUGGGCAGGCAGGUCCAUGUUCAUGUAUUGAAGUUUGAUCGAGAUCUAAUCCUUAAUAAUGCACUUCUGGAUAUGUAUUGCAAGUGCGGCAGUAUGGACGACGCAAACUUUGUUUUUACUAGGAUGUUGGAGAAGGAUGUAAUCUCUUGGAGCACCAUGAUUGCAGGGUUAGCCCAAAACGGUUUCAGCAGAGAAGCUUUAAAAUUGUUUCAAUCCAUGAAAGAUUCUGGUGCAAAACCGAACCAUAUUACGAUUCUUGGGGUUCUCUUUGCCUGUAGCCAUGCCGGGCUUGUAGAAGACGGCUGGUACUACUUUCAAUCGAUGAAGAAACUUUUUGGGAUCAAUCCAGGAAGAGAGCAUUAUGGUUGCAUUAUUGACUUGCUUGGAAGGGCUGGGAAGCUUGAUCAGGCAAUCAAGUUAAUUCAUCAAAUGGAAUGUGAACCCGAUGCUGUGACAUGGAGAACUUUGCUUGGUGCAUGCAGGGUUCACCGGAACGUGGAUCUAGCUAUACAUGCUGCCAAACAAAUUCUGAAACUGGAUCCUGAAGAUGCAGGAACCUAUAUACUGUUAUCUAAUAUAUAUGCAAAUUCUCAAAGGUGGGAUGAUGUUACAGAAGUCAGGAGGACCAUGAAAGCUAGAGGAAUCAGAAAAGAACCAGGGUGUAGCUGGAUUGAAGUCAGCAAAAAGAUACAUGCUUUUAUUUUAGGAGAUAACUCGCAUCCACAAACAGAUGAGAUCAACAAGCAGCUGAACCAGUUGAUUCAUAGAUUGAUGGGAGUGGGUUAUGUCCCAGACACGAAUUUUGUCUUGCAAGAUCUUGAGGGUGAGCAGAGGGAAGACUCACUUCGAUACCACAGUGAGAAACUGGCAAUUGUCUUUGGUAUGAUGAGCUUGUCAAGGGAGAAGACGAUCAGGAUCAAGAAAAACAUUAGGAUUUGCGGAGACUGUCAUAUUUUCGCAAAACUCAUAACGAAGAUCGAACAACGAACUAUAGUGAUUAGAGAUCCCAUUCGGUACCAUCAUUUUCUAGAUGGAGUAUGCUCUUGUGGGGAUUAUUGGUAGAAGACGACGAAGAGUGCGUAAGCUCAUGCUACUUGCAUUUGCCAAGUAUCAAUAGAAGCAAUGAAAGAAACCAGAAAAAUGCUGAACUCUCAGGCAAACUAGAGAACGAGACAGUCAAAAGCUGUAAAAUGACCUUGGAUCUUAAAAUUGAGAGGCAAUAAACAGCACAAAGAUACGAUCAUUAGACUGUGAUAACAAGCAAUUAGAUGUACAACAAUUAAUUUGGUUAAUUGAGUGUAGAAUGAUUUGUUUCAAGGUGCAUAUGUUGUUCAAUCAAUGAAAAGAAUGCUAAAUGCGGUU